AUGAGAGAAGAAAAGUCACAGUGCUUUGCUUUAAAACUAAACCAUUACAUGUGAAGUUUUAUUUCUAUGAAUGUUCCGCUUCUUCUGAACUUGUGGGAAAAGAGGAAAAAACUAAUUCCAUGUUGCUAUGGCACUGCGGCAUCGCAGGUGGAAUUGAAAUCUGCAUCACUUUUCCUACAGAAUAUGUCAAGACUAAACUCCAGUUAGAUGAGAAAGCCAAUCCACCUCGAUACAGAGGCAUCAUGGACUGUGUCUCACAGACGGUUCGUCAUCACGGUGCGUUGGGUUUAUAUCGAGGUCUCAGUUCAUUACUGUAUGGAUCCAUCCCUAAAUCUGCAGUCAGGUUUGGUGUGUUUGAGAUUUUGAGUAAUCAGAUGAGAGAUCACACUGGUAAACUGGACAGCACUCGUGGUUUAGUGUGUGGUUUAGGUGCUGGUGUCAUGGAGGCGGUUCUGAUCGUGUGUCCCAUGGAGACUAUAAAGGUGAAAUUCAUCCAUGAUCAAACAUCAGCCAAUCCUAAAUACAGAGGCUUUUACCACGGAGUGAGAGAGAUCAUCAGAACUCAAGGUAUCAGAGGGACGUAUCAGGGUCUCACAGCGACGGUCCUCAAACAAGGAUCCAAUCAAGCCAUUCGAUUCUUUGUCAUGACGUCACUCAGGAACUGGUACAAAGGUGAUAAUCCCAACAAGACCAUCAACCCCAUCCUGACGGGUGUGUUCGGUGCACUCGCUGGAGCAACAAGCGUGUUUGGAAACACUCCUCUCGAUGUCAUCAAGACAAGAAUGCAGGGUUUGGAAGCUCAUAAAUAUAAAAACACUUUGGACUGUGCUGUUCAGAUCAUGAGACACGAGGGGCCGACCGCGUUCUAUAAGGGCACGGUUCCUCGUCUGGGCAGAGUGUGUCUGGAUGUCGCUAUCGUCUUUAUCAUCUAUGAGGAGGUGGUGAAGGUUCUAAACACAGUCUGGAAAACAGGAUAAUAAAAUCAGGGAAAAGUCAGGAGACACAUGGAGAUAAUUUGAGACACAAUCACUGUCUGAUCCACUGUUUGCAUUCUGUUCUUAACCUACUUCUGCUUUAAAAUCAUUCAUUUAAAGUCAAGAAAUUAUAUUUUGCUUAAAGAACAUGAAUUCUGUUGGUUUGAGCCUGAAGAUUUGAGUCUUAGUUAAAAAACUCAACAAAUUUAACCCUGAUUUCUUGCUACAGUGAUGCAAAAUAAAUCACGGAAACAAACGAGAAUUUAGAGGAGAAAUGUACGGUGGCCGCUAGGUGUCACUGCGCUGCAACAGAUGACAACACAUGCAAACA